AUGGACGACCACGAGUCCCAAUACCACCAGCAGCAGCUCGAGUGGCACCGGCAAAAACAAGAGCAACAGCUCAAGCUGCAGCAGCUACAACCUCCAGACCAGGAUGGCCGACCCCAAUCGUCUCAAACAUCAUCCUCGCCGCCGCCUCAGUCCCCCAAGUCCUUGCGGCAGCCUCCCCUGACAACGCCGAAGAAUGUCCAGGAUGAGUCGGGGGAGAAGAAGAAGAAUCUCUUCGACGACCAGCCCGGCUUGGAACCAGCCCCAUGGUCCACCGCACCUAUCCCGUACACAACGCAUGCCGACCUGCAAAGCCCCGUCGGGCAAUGUUCCGCGGUCCAGAGCCCAGCGACGCUGGUCCCCGGGGUACAGAGUCCUGGAUCGCAGACUCCCGGCCUGGAUUCGAAAUGGUUGGAAAGUCAGCUGUACGCCGUGCCCCCCGACCCCGAAUCCCCGCCACUGCCCCCGCCGAAUGAGAAACGACGCAUCCUCGGCCUCGCCGUGCCCGUCUUCUGGGCCGUCGUCAUUGGCCUGGUGAUCAUAGUAGCGGCCGGGCUCGCGGGUGGUGUCGCGGGUGGGCUCAUUACCCAGAAGGCCAAUGCCUCGUCGAGCUCCGUCUCACCAGACGCCCAAUCUGACCCAACCGCAACCUCUGCACUCUCUAUAACCUCGAACCCCUCAGCAACAACAUCCGCAACCGCAACCUCAGCAACACCCCGAGCCUCCGGCGGCGUCCUCCCCGCCCCCACCGACGGCGGCUGCCCCAAGAUCAACUCGACGAACUUCACGCCCACCGACGCCUCGGGCGAGGCCAUGGGCCUCAGCUCCGGCGCGGGCCAGACUUUCCGCCAGCUGUGCGAGGUCAACUACCCCUCCGGCGCGGCGUAUGGCAACCCGGGGAUCUACGACAUCCUGAAGGCGUACGUCUCGACGUUCGACGAGUGCAUGACGCUCUGCGCGGCGCACAACCAGGCGUACUACCUCAACCUGAGCAACGGCAACGUCGGGAAGGGGGGCUUCUGUCGGUCCGUGGCCAUGAUCAAGACUCCAGGAGAGUACUGCUAUCUGAAGAAUGGCACGGGAGUAUCGGAUACCCAGGGCCACCCGAAGGACUUUGUCAGCGCUGUUGUCGUUUCCGGACUGGACGUAUGA